AUGUCGUCUUUACUUGCGACCCCAGCCCAUACGAAAGUUUCCCCAGAGUCUCAAGAUGAGAUGUCCCAGUUCGUCUCAAUAAUCACGGCGGCAUUUUCAGAUACGGCCCUCACGACGGCUUUCAUAGCGGACAUCGACUCAACGCCGCCUCCUUACCCGUCACCACUGAUCGACCCCGCCCGCCGCCGACGGCACUUCUCUCAGGGCAUACUGGACAGUGCAGCUGCGGGUGCCGAACUCGUCCAAGCCGGCAAUUGGUCAGCAAUAGCACUAUGGGAACCUCCGUCUUUCCAAGGGAAGACGUUCAUCGACUCGAAAGCACGUCCGCCCGCACUGCUGAGCGAAUGGAGAGGCAGGGUCAAGCAAGCAAAGGCGAAGUACUUGGCCAAGCCGUCUCCUCGGACGCCAUCCUCGACGGACGAAGAUUCCAAUUCCGACUCCAACUCGAAUGCAUCGCAGCCGGACCCGGACUCGGUACAGUUACGACCAUUUUAUCAUCUCUCGUUCCUCGCGCGAAACCCGUCUGUCGGAAGAGUACCUGGGAGUAUCAACGCCGUCAUAACACCCUUCCUCGAGCGCGCGAAGGCCGAGAACGUACCGGCCUGGCUCGAGGCCACCUCUCUCCAAGCUGUCAAUGUUUACCUGCACUUUGGCUUCCGAAUUGUGGAGACGAUCACAGUGGGUGCAGGCAAAGUCGACGCCGCGGGAUGGCCGGCAGAGGACGGAGAGGGAGUCACGGCAUGGGCCAUGAUCUUCGACGAGCAUCUGACAGGUUAG